UCUUUUUCAAACUUUCGCGCACGAUUUCUUCUCUUUUCCCAAGUUGCUAUAUUACUACGCGCUAAGAUAAAUAUGUCAUAGUAUUCGCUAAUCGUGUUCUUUAAUGUAUCAGCUAAAAUUUUGAAGAAACAAGUAUUCAAUUUCUAAAAGAAUGGAUUUAAUAUUUGUAAUAUUCCAAUACAAUAUACUUGGAAGCUAAAUAUAUAGUUGGUUUUUCUACUUUAAGCUAUAUAUUAACGCACUAUCUUCUUUGAACACGGAAUUAGAGUAGUUGUUAGGUCUAUUCUUGUAACUAAGGUAGUUUUACUGCGCGGCUCCGAAGCGGAAUAAACCCCUUAAAAACGAAUCCAAACUGUUGGAUGUUUCGAUGUAUUACUUGGAUCCCUUGCUAUGUUGGAAGGGGAUGAAAGACUCAGCUGGUGAUAUUUUCCACCGGCAAUGGGCUGUUUAAACACCAAACUGGUGCCGGAAUCUCCACCAAGUCAACGAUCUCUUAAUUAUGUGUACCAUGGCCCACAAAAUAUAUAUAAAAGCAAUUCUAACUAUACAAACCACCACAAACCUAAAGAAAAGAAAUGUGGAAACAAACAAUGGCAACAUUCUCAACAACAACAGUCCGGCAACAAUAUUCAAGACACACCUCGACAUAAUAAAAGAGUGGAGAAAUAUAUGGCCACUUUUGACAAUCGAGUGACCGCUAAAUAUGAUAUAAAAGCACUUAUUGGCAGAGGCAGCUUCAGUAAAAUUGUUCGUGUUGAACACAAAAUUACUAAACAGCCCUAUGCUAUCAAAAUGAUUAAUCGAACCGAAGGACGUGAAGUAUUUGAGUCGGAACUUAAUGUUUUACGUCGAGUUAGACACCCUAAUAUAAUACAACUUGUUGAAGUUUUCGAAUGCAAGCAGAAAGUUUAUAUGGUAAUGGAACUGGCUACGGGUGGAGACCUGUUGGAUAGAAUUAUCGGAAAAGGAUAUUUUUCCGAAGCAGAUGCUAUAACUGUUUUAAAGAUGGUUUUUGAAGGGGUGCGUUAUUUGCACAGUCUUGGAAUAACACACAGGGACCUUAAACCGGAGAACUUGCUUUAUUAUCAUCCUGGAAACGAUUCCAAAAUUAUGAUUACAGACUUUGGGUUAUCCGCAACGCGUAAAGGUCCUGAUAACUGGAUGAAUACAGCUUGUGGAACUCCGGAAUACAUCGCACCUGAAAUAUUGGCUCGCAAGCCAUAUACUUCUCAGGUAGACCUUUGGGCAGUUGGGGUUAUCACCUUCAUCUUACUCAGUGGAGAGAUGCCCUUUGAAGAAGAUAAUAAAACCAGGCUAUUUCGGUUAAUUUUGAAAGCAAAGUAUAACUAUGCUAGGGAGUUAUGGAAACAUGUCUCAAAUAUGGCCAAAGAUUUCAUCGAUAGAUUACUUGUGUUAGAACCAAAAGAAAGAAUGACCUCAAGCCAAGCAAUAGCACAUGCAUGGCUCAGAAGUCACGGCAACCAAUCAAGUUAUCGGAAUUUGCAGCAUACUAACAGUUCUAACAGUACGCAAUCUAGUAAAAGUAGUAACAAGUCCAAUCGUUCAGGUCGAUCAUUACGCUCAGAACACAGACAUGUUCAUCCAGAAGAGAUUGAAGAACUGCACAGAGACCCAGAAAUUCUGGCAGAUAUAGCAUCAAUGGGUUAUUAAUA